CUGUACAAGUGAAUCUCAAAGCAGUGACUCAUCUGAUGAAGUCAACGAAGAAUAUGCAGCAUCUGAUCUGUCAGACAUGACGGAAGUUAAUGCUGAUGAUUGUGCUGAAUACAAUGCUCUACUUACCAAAAUACCUAGUGAUCCCGAAGAUGUGUAUCAAGAAUUUCCAUCAGAAGAAUAUGCAAAAUUUAUGCACAUGUUAACGCGGUUCUAUGUACAAGAUCCGCUUGCCAACGCUUUUAUAAAAUUCUUCAACAAAUACUCAAGUCGUAACGAUCAUCCAUUACCAUCAACAUCAUAG